GCGAGUUACUGGAGACCCUGUCUACGCGCCCUCGGCUCCGCCGCCUGUUUCUCUCCUCGCCAUGGUUCGUCUGCCUCUGCAGUGUCUGCUCUGGGGCUGCUUGUUGACCACCGUCCACCCAGAACCACCCACUGUGUGCCAAGGAAACCAAUACCUAACAAGCAGUCGGUGCUGUAAUUUGUGCCCGCCAGGAGAGAAACUGGUGCAUGACUGCACGGAGAUCACUGGAACAGAAUGCUCUCCUUGCAAUGAAGGCGAAUUCCUAGACACUUGGAACAGAGAGAACCGUUGUCACCAGCACAAAUACUGCGACCCCAACCUAGGCCUCCGGGUCCAGAGGGAGGGCACCUCGAAAACAGACGCCACUUGCACAUGUCAUGAAGGCCAACACUGUUCCAGCGAUGCCUGUGAAAGCUGCACCCUGCACAGCUUGUGCCCCCCUGGUCUUGGGGUCAAGCAGCUCGCUACAGGGCUUUCUGAUACCAUCUGCGAGCCCUGUCCAGUCGGCUUCUUCUCCAAUGUAUCAUCUGCUUUUGAAAAGUGUCACUCCUGGACAAGCUGCGAGACGAAAGGCCUGGUGGAGCUACAGGCAGGGACUAACAAGACUGAUGCUGUUUGUGGUUUGCGGUAUCGGAUGAGAGCCCUGGUGGUGAUCCCCGUCACGAUGGGGAUCCUGUUUGCUGUUCUGUUGGUGUCUGCCUGUAUCAGUGAGUUCCCAGGAAAGGUGGCCAAGGAGACAGAAAAUAAGGCCCUCCACCCUAAGGUUCCUGAGGAGACGUUUUAUCUGGAGGAUUUUCCUGGACCCCACUCCAUUGCUCCGGUGCAGGAGACCUUACACGGGUGCCAGCCAGUCACCCAGGAGGAUGGCAAAGAGAGCCGCAUCUCGGUGCAGGAGAGACAGUGAGGCUGUGCGUGUCCAGGAGCGUGGCAGUGUGGGCCAAGGAGCACAUGGCCGGGGAGCCUGGAGCUGCUGCUGUGGCUGGAGGGCGAGGGGCUGGCGCUGGGCACAUCCCCCUCUGCCUGCACCCCUGCGGUUCAGAGACAGUUCACCUCGGAGAACCCCAUCCCUGAAGCUCAUUCAAUCUUCCAACUUGCUUUUAAAGAUGGAGGCAAAACUUUUGCGGGGACCAUGUAGUAAUAUCCACCAAACCCUCCAACCAGCAGCUCAAUGUCCAGCUGCCUCAGGGUGGUUUCUAUGAGCCCAAGGAGGCAUAUACACGAAUAUCCAGAGCAGCGUUGUGGAUUUUCAGUAAACAACUGGAACUCACUUAACUGUCCACCGACAGGGGACUGGCUAAAUAAAAUUAUAAUAUAUUUAUACAACAGGAUCUGAAAAACACUGUCAUGGGAAAAACAAUGUGAUAUACCGUCUAUGGAUAUGUGUAUAAGCAUAAUAUGUAUUAUAUAUGUCGGUAUAACGAGGGUUCUGGAAGGAUACACAGAAAAUGCAUAGCUCGAAGAGUUGUAAUG